UUAAAGUUUGGUAAGCAGCAGCGAUUAAGCACGCCCACUCGUACACGCCGCGACCUGCCCGCUGCCGCACGGACACAGAGCCGAGAAGGCGAGAGCAGCGUCGAGCAGCAGCCGCGACCGCGACCAUGGCUCUGCUGCCGCUGCCGCUGCCGCUGCCCCCGCCCCGCCUCCGAGCCAUCAUCACCCUUCCCCCUCCCGUCUAGACACGCAUCAUUGCGCUCCUCCGCGCUCCACUCCUCUCCUCCCAUGUCUGUCGCGGUGUCGCCUGCCUCUCUCCUAGUCUCGUGCCGUGCUAUCCUCUCCUCUCCUCCCAUGUCUGUCGCGGUGUCGCCUGCCUCUCUCCUAGUCUCGUGCCGUGCUAUCCUCUCCUCUCCCCUGCUGCUGCUCCUCUUCUUGCUUGCCGUGCCGGUGCACCGAGCGCUAGCGAGCGAGCUAGCUAGCUAUAUAUAGCCAGCCGAGCCGGCCUCCCUUUCCCGAUUCCAACAGUGCGGCGGCGGAGACAGCGGCGUGGGCGGUGGCGGCGGAGGCAGACGACGACGCCAUGAACGCCUUCUUCACGUCCCUGGCGAGGGGGCUGGACGACCUGGGCCGCGCCGGUGGGCUGUCGUCGCUGCCGGCGCUGCUCCGGGCGGCGGCGCUGCUCAGGGGUUUGCACUCGCAGCUCACGCUCAUGGUGGGCCAGCUCCACCUGCCGCCGGGCGGGCGGUGGCUCGACGAGUACAUGGACGAGACGGCGCGCCUCUGGGACGCUUGCCUCGCCGUCAAGCUCGGGCUCGCCUCCGUCGAGCGCUACUGUGCCGCGGCCUCGUGCGCCGCCGCGGCGCUGGAUGACUGGCUCCAGGAUCCCUCCCCUCUAGCCACUCGCCAGGUGAUGAGGGCGAUCUCGGCGUCAAGGAGGGAGGCGAUGGCUGCGGAGGAGGAGAACCGCGCGCUCGCGGACGCGAGGAUCGCGCCGCUGUCGCUGCAGCUCGACGAGCGGCUGCUGCUGCGCGCCACGGACGCCAGGCUCACCGGCUUCAACGGCUUCCGGGGGCUCCUCUACGCGCUGCACAACGCGAGCUCGCUCCUCCUGCUCAUCCUCGCCAGCGGCGCCGUCUCCCGCGCCGCCGCGGGCGGCGGCCCGUGCGCCGCGGGGUCGGCCAGCGCGGACGCUGCCGCCGGGGGCGGCUUCAUGGCCUCCAUCGCAAUGCUGCAGCAGAGGAUGGCGGAGGAGGCCGAGUCCGACGGCCCCGGCGCGCCGCGGAUCAGGAUGUGCGAGUUCCGGUGCGCGCGCGCCGCCGUGGAGGCCGCGCGGGAGGAGGUGGAGCGCGCCGCCGCGGCGGGCCGCAAGUGCGAGGGCGGCGGCGGCGUCGUCAAGGACAAGGUGGAGGAGCUCAAGGCGUGGCUGGACGUGCUCCGCACCGGCACGGACAGCCUGGUGUGCCAGCUCGACGACUUCCUCGACGACAUUGUCGAGGGCAGGAAGGAGCUCUCCGACCUGUGCAGCCACUGAUCGAUCCUCCGAUCGAGGCCCGGCAUAAAGAUCAUCAUCACGAAUUCACAUGAAUGAAUGCAUGAUGCUUGUUGCUUGCUUGCAUGGUGGUACAAGCAAAGUUAAUACGUACUCCGUACGUACUAGCAGUGUCCCUAGCUACUACCAAUAGCAUGUUGUCCCGUCCACCCAUCUCUCUCCUCUCUCUGAUCUCUGUCUAGGGACGGAUGGAUGGAGAGCGAUGGAAUCUGUGUCGCAGCAUUUUGGUUGGCCAUGAUGCUGUUCCUUUCUCGUUGUUGCGUCCGCGUCUCUGCCAUGAAAGGAGGAGAGACAUGAUGGCCAUGAGAGAGAUGAGAGGGAGGGAAGCUGGGGACUAGAGGAGAGGCAACUGAUCGAUCACAGGAAGAUAUCUUUGUUCAGGAAUCGGCGGCACACUCGCAGCUGCGCGUCGAAAGGUUGCUUUUUGUUUGUUCGCCUAGGGGGGUGGAGGAGGUUGGACCCUUGCUAUCGCGGCGGAAAGAGGAACAGAACAGGCCAGCAGCCGGCUUUGGUUGCUUCCGCCCUCUUUACA